GACCAGGGGCGUGCUGCGGCCGCCCGGGCGGACCCGGCGAGAGGCGGCGGCGGGAGCGGCGGUGAUGGACGGGUCCGGGGAGCAGCCCAGAGGCGGGGGGCCCACCAGCUCUGAGCAGAUCAUGAAGACAGGGGCCCUUUUGCUUCAGGGUUUCAUCCAAGAUCGAGCAGGGCGAAUGGGGGGAGAGACGCCCGAGCUGGCCUUGGAGCAGGUGCCCCAGGAUGCGUCCACCAAGAAGCUGAGCGAGUGUCUCAAGCGCAUCGGAGAUGAACUGGACAGUAACAUGGAAUUGCAGAGGAUGAUUGCAGCUGUGGACACAGACUCCCCCCGCGAGGUCUUUUUCCGAGUGGCAGCGGAGAUGUUUUCCGAUGGCAACUUCAACUGGGGCCGGGUCGUUGCCCUCUUCUACUUUGCCAGCAAACUGGUGCUCAAGGCCCUGUGUACCAAGGUGCCCGAGCUGAUCCGGACCAUCAUGGGCUGGACACUGGACUUCCUUCGAGAGCGGCUGCUGGGCUGGAUCCAGGACCAGGGUGGUUGGGACGGCCUCCUCUCCUACUUUGGGACACCCACGUGGCAGACAGUGACCAUCUUUGUGGCCGGAGUGCUGACUGCGUCACUCACCAUCUGGAAAAAGAUGGGCUGAGGCCACCAGCUGCC